CAUAAUGGCACAAACAUAAACACAGGCGCACCCGUUUACAGACACAAAAAGGCACUCACGCACAUUUGACAGAUGUAGCCCUACCUCCAGCUGCUCAUCUGGGAGCAUCUCUGACUACUGGCCACUUAUUUCGUCGUUUGACUUGCAUUUUAGACUUUAACUCUUGCAGGACCAGUUGGAGAAAAACAGUCGGAGUUGUCCCCCGGAUCGUGGGAUGUGAGCUGUUGUUGUGUCUGUGGGUGACGGAGGGGGGACGGGGGGCGCUCUGCUCUGCUCUGCUCGGCUCGGCUCGGCUCUGCUCAGUGCAGGACGCAGGAGACAGUCGCUCUCCAAGGUGCUGAAAGUGGGAGCGCUCCCUCCUCAGUCUCGGCUAUACUGACGAUGAAUGCGACCUCUGCCGAGAACCCGCAAAUCAAACAAUGACUGGCUUCGACCCCGCUCGCUUUCAUUUUUCAUACUCUAACUUCUACCCUUCUGGAUUUGUAUUUUUCAUGCAGCCGCUGGAUGUACACACGCAUGCAACAAGACUGACUGCAGCUUUCUAACAUUCACCUGCGUCGUUGGGAAAUAUAGAAUUGACUCCGGAUUCUCAGGGAACGCUACAGAGGAUUUUUUUUUUCUGGCUGUUUUUCUCGGGCUCUGUCUCCGUACUGCAUGCUUCUGGACGUGAACUGUUUGUCUCAAAAAAAUAAAUAAAUAAAAAAGGUGAGUCCGACGAGGAUGAAUCAUGAAGCAGACCUACUUUUACGCGGAUAUCGUUUUCUUUCCACUGGAAAGGGGGAACCAUAUCUCCAAAAGGCUGGUGUUUAAUUGCUUUUAAAGCCAUCAUCACGACCGGGAGGGAGGAUUAUAGUGUCUCGUGGAGUCUGGUGAAUUUACCCUGUGGAUAAAGUGAAGUUUCCAAUAGGCUAGGCGACUAUCUUUAAUCUGCUCUAGCCAACCUAUCUGUCGGGCUCCCUGGCUUCACACUAAGUGGAUAUCAAGCUAUUUCAACGCGCCCAUUUCCUCAUGAUGCUGAUAAUGAAGCGCAGGACGGAUCCGGAGAGGAUACCGGGAGCCUAGGGAUGACAUCCACACAAUCUCGUUGAAUGUGGAUAUCGAUGCCGCGGCGAAGGAUGGGCCCUCUCCUGUCGGCCGCCUUCGCCCUCCUGCUGGCCCUGAGCUCCGUGUCUCCGGCCUCGGUGGGGAACCCCGAGGAUUACACCGCGGACGAGGCGGAGCGGACCGCCGGUGAAAACAUCGUCUUCGAUGACUACCGGGGGAAAGGAUGCGUGGACGACAGUGGCUUCGUCUACAAACUCGGGGAGCGGUUCUACCCGGGACACUCGAACUGUCCGUGCGUGUGCACGGAGGACGGGCCCGUGUGCGACCAGCCCGAGUGCCCCAAACUGCACCCUAAGUGCACCAAAGUGGAGCACAAUGGAUGCUGCCCCGAGUGCAAGGAGGUUAAAAACUUUUGCGAGUACCGGGGGAAAACAUACAAAAUACUGGAAGAAUUCAAGGGUUCCCCAUCAGAUGAGGAAGGGACCAGUCCGCCCAGCAUGGCUGCCGGCGUCCCUCUGGCCCCAGCGCAGCUGCAAUCAAGAACCAGGAGAUAUAGGCCGUCACCCUGUGAAUGGUGCCGCUGCGAACCAAAUAAUGAGGUGCACUGUGUGGUGUCCGACUGCGCCGUCCCAGAGUGUGUCAACCCUGUGUACGAGCCGGAGCAAUGCUGCCCCAUCUGUAAAAACGGUCCAAAUUGCUUUGCUGGAACAACGAUCAUCCCAGCCGGAAUUGAAGUAAAGGUGGACGACUGCACCAUCUGCCGCUGCCACAACGGAGACUGGUGGAAGCCAGCGCAGUGCUUGCGGCGGGAGUGCCUCAACGGCCAGACGUUGUCAUAGAGAGACUCCACUGGGGAUGGUGGAAAAGCUCAGGCAAGGCCCUGCCUACUGCACCAUUUUGUAUGAUUGACAGGGCAGGAGCACAAUUCCUAAGCAACCUGAGACAGCAUAGCAUCGACGAGAUGCUCUCACAAGCUUCACACAAACACAAAUUUAGCCACCGAGAAGAUGACGGAACUUGUCUCAAGGCUGUUUCCACCCUCCAGUUUUAAUCGUCCUAUAUAUUUUCAGAAGUUGACUUGCUUGACUCGCUGCUCUCUCACACAAAGUUUCUAAGCUCCUUGAACUCUUUCCUAACCAUUAGCAAUGUUGAAUUGCUCAUGUUGAUUUCUGUAUGUAUGCCAUCUGCUUGUUGUACUCGUCUGUCACAAUCACGCAGGUGUUGUAAUAUUCCAACAGCAGGAAAAACAAACCGUAAGCACACUUAACGGCACUUUUUCUUUCUGUCAUACGAGGAUUGAUGACGGUGAAAGCACUGCAGAGGUGUGCUCGAGUUUCACGACUUCACUCUAAGAGCUUGUUUACAAGAUGCACAUCACACAUAAAUGUUUGUGUCUUCAUAAGACUUUAAGACUUUUUAUCGCUAUGGCAGGAACUCACCUCUAACACUUAGAUGAUGCUACUGUCAAUUUUAUAAACUGCUAUAAAAUGCCAAAACGCUGAUUUUAUUGAUCAACACACCACGGCUGAGUCAUGUUUCUGUAUAGUAGCAGCACAGGCAGGGGAAGCUGGUGCUGUAGAGAGAGGAAAGGCAGGAACAGUGGCAGCAAGCAGCUAUGAGAGGGGUAGAUGUAAAAUUCUGCAACACUGCAUCAAAACAACAACUUUGGGCAGCCUCUUCCGGCUUAAUUGUCGUUAUUGUUUUCUCUCAGAGGUCCAUAUCCUCCGAAAUAUUCCCGCUAACUAACUGCUUGAACUUGUUAUCAAAGCAAUUAGUGAGCCAAGAGCAGCCUGCUUUAAUUUCCCUUAAUCAAGGAGUAUUCUGUGAUAAAUCAUCCAGCUGGGUGCUUGGCGCUGCCGCAGCCUGCAUACUGGGCACACGCCACAAGAACCAGCAGACAAAGGGAGGAAUUCUGCAUAUGUCUGAAUGCUUUUAAGCAGCAUUCACGUGCACAUUGUCCAUGUGAGCAUACACACGCACCCCAUUCAUCCACAAUCUCACAGCCUCAGGAUGCUGAUCGGCACCCAGUGAAGCACUUAAACCUUAAGGCUUGUUAAGAUACAAAGCUGUCACAUUAUCCCACUGUUAUAGAUUAUGUAAUAGAUUUUCAGCUCGUCCCCUCCCCGAUAUGUUAGAGCAGCUCUUCGGAUGUGGUGCGGCUGUAUAGUCAGGGCUAUAACAUAGAGACAGGCUAAUGUAUUGCCUUGAUAUUUUCCCAGAGCAGAGUGGUCCUCAAGUGGUCCAGUCUGAAAGAAAAAGCACCCAAACAGGGCCCAAAACACGAUAUUUUUGAGAUGAUAAAUACCAGUCAUUAAUUCAAAGGUGAAUUCCAGUAAGCUUGUGCCAUUCAUCACCGGAAUUUUUUCCAUUUCCAGAAAAUCCGUUCCUGUUAACCUUUUAGACCCUAUUCCUGGGUGGUGAUGGAUGGGCUGCUUAAUAGCAGCUCCCAGCACUCUGUAAUGAGACAGAAAUGAACAUAGGAUAAAGACCAAUGACUAAAGAGGUAUAUUACCGUAAAAGGCAUUAAAACUAAUUUUUGGAAGGAUCUCAUAGUGCGCAGUGUAUUCCAAAGCUGCAGCACAUGGUUGAUGGAGGAAUUACAGAACUGAAAGAGAGUGGGUGGGGUUCAAUCCUAGGUGCAACAAUGGAGCCGGGGUCAUUUUCAUCAUUAAGCUACAGUGAUUUAGUGUCUCUCAGUGUGAAAAGACAGUCCUCAUCUAUCUGGCUUGAGGUCCGCAGACUCAUAAAACAAAACUGACAUCUACGGUUUAUCAAUCACAGCCUCCGUGCUCCAGACAUUUUAGGAUUAAUAAAAGAGCUUCAUUCAUCUUAAUUACUUCAGAUGCCAAAUAAUUAUUCAGGCUGCACAUGUAUCCAAAAAUAUAUUGGAAUUACUUUACUGGGUAGCAAAGACUGAAGUGAGUGUGCCAGGGCUCAGAGGCAUUGCUGCCGCCACAGAUGCCUUAUUGCUACUGUUCCAGAUAAGAUCCACAAAGCAUGGCCUUUGGCUUCACACAGUAUGAACAGCCAAGUCUGCGUUAAGCGCUACUUUCUUUGCACUCCUCAGUGCAAUGGUUUAACAUUAUGGAUUACCCAGAACUAGUUAUUAUUUUAGCCUCUGACAUUCCUCUAAAAACUGGGGUGAAUUAGUGGUACAAAGGUAAGCAAGGACACACAGAGUUCAGUCACGGCUAAAAAUGCAGGAUUGAAUUCACACAUCUAGAAAUACACUGUUUUUUUUUUAUAGGAGUAAGAGGAGAAGCAGCAAAAAUGGCAGAGAGAGAAGUAUCAAGGCAAUUUGAUCCAAAUGACAAUGUGACAUUGCAACUCAUUUUCGUGUUUGGUUGUUCUGAUUCAGUUUCCUUCCACGCCUUCGAGGAGCACUGCAUUUGUUAUACUAAACUGGGGUGCCAUGGCUGUUCGUCUCCUUAAUUUGCAUGCUACAAGCUGCUGCUAAGAGUGAAGGUAGGAGUGCAGAGGGUGACAUAGAGUCAAACCAUCCAGACCAACCAGUUUUUUCUCUUGCCAGGUCAGGCAAAUGGGUCAGAAUUCUACUUACCCAAAGUCAAUUUAUAUUCGCCCUUAAACAAAUUGUUGUAUUUAUUAGCAGUUAUCAAAUAACAACAGAUUAAAAGUGCCAUGUUUAAUUUUUAUUUAAGGAAAUGAAUCAGAAUUUGAACUCCUUUGUCCAAGAUAACUGAAAUGUGUGAUUGUGCUUCAGCUCAUAAAACUUGUCUUUACUUGCCGCCAUUUUUCUUGUGAGUGCCCGAUUAAUAUGGGGUAUUUGCAACUUUCAACAGACAUGAGAAGGCUAGGAAAUGUGCUACUUAAUUCUUUUUUGUUUUUACAACGUGCCUGUUUGGGCAAGUGAGUUGCUAAUUUACUGGCCUAGUGUGGCAUUUUCCUCGUCCAGGGCAAUUCUUAGAGUUGUGAUCUAGGCUGCUGGUGGGAAGCAAAAAUAGACAUAAAAUUAAACAAGCAAAUUAUAUAUUCAAAGCAGCGAGUACAGUCAAAGAAAACUGGAGGAAUUGUUCUUCACCCCAGUAAGGGAGAUACAGGCAAACAGCCAGACUGUACUGGUGCACAUGUUGCUCUGCACUGUAAGUGGGUUGACUGCUUGGAAAUUACUUUUAUAUUUGUCAUUGACAACUAAACCGGAUGAAUUAGGCUCCACAUGGAUUAACAUAUAGUAGUUUCCUAUGUGUGUCGUUUGAAAGAAUGGGCUGUGUUUAAAAACACAAUUUAAAAAAAGGCAUUUCACAGAGAGCCUCCGCCUGGGUGAACCGGGGGGAAAUUACAUUUCUCUUUGCAAAUACGUGAAGCUGCACAGUUUCAAGGACAGGCCAGCAGCACAGUCUGUCUUUGUUCAUUUUCUGCCGAGAAACUUGAGUCUUUACGUCUGUCUGUAAAUGUCUUUUCAGAUUACCUCCAUCUGUCCUCCGAUCAUUCAGACCGCAGGCUUGUACAUGGGCAUUUUGUAAAGGUAUACCAUUCGCUCUUUCCAUGAGACACCGAUUUACUGUAGCUGGAAACUAUGGAAGAUCUUUUCUUUUUGUCACUUUUUUUUUUCAGCAACAAAACUGUUACAUAAAGUGUGCCUGAAAACCAACAGAGUACUAUCUGGAAUAUGAAGAGAGAAACACUGUUAUUAUACAAUCAAUUGUAUUAGUUUUUGGGGCACCAAGGGUCUGUUCAUGCGUGGCUCCAAAGUAGGAGGGUGUCAUUUCUAUAACAAAUUUGAAAUUUGUUUAAAAUUAAGAGCAUCUUUGAUUGUAUAUGAACACAUGCUCGCACAGGUUCACCCUACACUGUACAAGAGAUAAAAGGUCCACAUUUUUAAGAAUUAAACAGCCCUUGGUGUUCCCCAUGUUGUUCAUAUGUAAAUAUCUUCAAACGUAUAAUGUGUAUUCUGAAAUCUGAGGUGGAGUAAAACAAAACAAAAAAAAAAGACAUAAGAAAUGAGGAAAUGUGUAUUAUUCAUCCAGACAAAAACUAUUUUGUUAAAUAGACUUGAAAAGUGUUAUUCGGCAAAUGUGAGUGUGGAUUUCUUUUUCUAAUGUUCUUUCUUUCGGUACACUCAGAAUUACACUGAUGCUUGCGGACGU